CCUGGCUCCUACACUAGUUUCUACCUACCAAUUUGUUACUUCUUGAAGCACCUCCCAAAUAAAGGCUCGGGAAGCAGAGCUGUCUGAAUAGCUUGUAAGCCUCAGGAGGAUGCUUGCCUCCCGUGUGCCAGGGAGGUGUUCCCCAUGCUGCCUGCGGUGCGUGGGACACCUGCGCCUGUGAGUCACGGCUCGGGGUGGGGGGCGAAGGGCCCGUAACAAGGAGUGUGUUUUAGCUUAAGGCAGGAAGAGCUCACCUGCCGACGCUCAGCAGAACGCGUCUCAAUAGACUCGGAAGGGCCCUGGAUGAACGUGGAAGCGUUGCGCUGUGUGAACGUAGUGUGCUGACUGCUCUCUUCUCGUUCCAGGACCGCUGAGCGCAUCAAACGCCUCUACUCCAUCCCGAGCCCCUGCCCCUGCGAGAACUGGUCAGUGCCCUUACGGUUCUCUGGUUAGCGGGGUGCCCAGUGCUAGCAGGACCCAGGCCAUGACCAGCAGAGGAGCCGCCAGGCCGAAUGGUCAGUCCCAAGCUAGUAAAAUCUGUCAGUUCAAGCUCGUACUGCUGGGCGAGUCGGCGGUGGGGAAAUCCAGCCUGGUGCUGCGCUUCGUCAAGGGCCAGUUCCACGAGUACCAAGAGAGCACCAUUGGGGCGGCGUUUCUUACACAGUCUGUCUGCCUGGAUGACACAACAGUAAAGUUUGAGAUCUGGGAUACGGCUGGCCAGGAAAGAUAUCACAGUCUGGCCCCGAUGUAUUACCGGGGGGCACAAGCCGCCAUCGUGGUCUAUGAUAUCACCAACCAGGAAACGUUUGCACGGGCGAAGACAUGGGUGAAAGAGUUGCAGAGACAAGCCAGCCCCAGCAUCGUGAUUGCCCUAGCAGGCAACAAGGCUGACCUGGCCAGCAAACGUAUGGUGGAAUAUGAAGAGGCACAGGCCUAUGCAGAUGACAAUAGCCUAUUGUUCAUGGAGACGUCAGCCAAGACAGCGAUGAAUGUGAAUGACCUCUUCUUGGCCAUUGCUAAGAAGCUGCCAAAGAGCGAGCCCCAGAGCACGAGCGGAGCGGCAGGGAGAAACAGAGGCGUGGACCUUCACGAGCAAACCCAGCAGAACAAGAGCCAGUGUUGUAGCAACUAAAGGGUGGCGUUAGCCAGAUGCCAGCGUGAGAGGAAGAGCUAAGAUAUAACCUCCAUUCCCCCCCGUCCACCACACCUCACCUCCAUAACGGCACACUGAGAAACCCGUCUGAACCAAAACCCUCCCGAGAGCUCCGUCUAACUGCACUUUUUAAUGCUUCAAAACCACCACCAGACACCUGUUACCACCAUCCUGAUGACAGUGGAACUAGAUCAGCCGGGGACUUAACUUCCAAAAACAAACUCUUCUUCACUUUGUAUUAUAGGUGCAAAUAGCUACCUAAUUCUGGUUUCUCCCUCCAUCUUUCUCCCUGUCCCACCUCCCUCUUUGCUUUGGUAAAUCUGUGUUCUCGGUCUUGUAACGUCUCUCCUUCUAUCCUCCCCUUAGAGCUGGGGCGGGGAGAGACUCAAGGAGGUGGCAACAUCAUCCUUAGAGGUUCACUCUAUGACGAACAAGUUGGAAUCAGAGACUUCCAGAAAACGUGGUUUUUUUCUGAGGGGGCCUGUCAUGAAUUUAUUUUUAAUUUUUCUCCUGUUCCUUUUGUUUGGCUGUUCAGGGGGGAAAAGCUGCAGUGUCCUUAAUUUCUUCCUAGGUGGCCUUUUUGCCGAAGGAUCGGAAGUGCCUGGGAACUUUUUAGGGGGGGAGGGGGGAAGCGGGGAGACUACUGUAACCAGAAAGUCUGACCCCGAGCACUGAUCGCUAUGAAGUAACACAGAUAACCCGUCAGCACUGCUACACCUUUGUGAACAGUCGUUGCAUGUUAGCGCUAUGAACACGACAGGAGCAGUAUCCCUCCGGUGAUCCCGCUGCGGCCGUGCCCUGCCGGCGGCCAGGGCGAGGGCGGCCGCCCCGGCCCUGCGGCGGUCUCGCUUGCAGUAACGAACCCGUCGGUCUCGUCUCUUGCUCUUUGGUUUGUCCCUUUCCUCCUCCAGACUAGCCGCAGCUGCAUGAACUGUCUCUGGUUUGCACUUUAGUCAUGGAAAUGUCCAGUUAAGAUGCACCUUGUUUUUCGGUUUUUUUCCCCUCUUGGUCCUGUUCAGUCUGAGCUCUCCGGAGGCUUGGGAGCAGCGGAGGGAGAAGGAGUCGUAGUGCUUAUUUUUCUGCUUUCCCUAAGGAGCUUUCUCGGCUAGAGAAGCGGUCGCGGCAGCUCUGCGCGUCGGGCUGGGUGCAGGAGAGCUGGAUGUUACCAGGUGGCGUCCGUCCGUCCCA